AUGUGCGAAAACAAAGAUAAAUCGCCCACAGUCCAAGAUGCCCUUGUAGACGCACUGGGGAUGCAAUGCAGCGAGCGCUCAGAAAACUGCUUAACCGCGGCCAUUCGACAUAAGUUACCAGUGGAUAUCAUUUUAAAUCUAAUCGAGAAAACGACGGAAAAUGCGCUGAAAGCGCAAGACUCAAAAGGAUUCACUCCUCUCCAUUAUGCGGUUGAAUACGAGCGUUGCACGCAUUCCCAGUUUGAGAUUAUUCGUAGGCUGAUUGAGUGUGGCGAUUCUGCUUUGGAUAAGCUAGGAAACAAGCCCGACUAUUUCUCAGUAUAUGGAUAUCAUGAAAGUACCCGGGAAAAAUACAUUUCUUCCAAAAAGAGCGGGAAAAUUACUGGUGAGCGACUAGCAGAAUGGACGCCGCCAACGAAAGAGACGGUUCUGCCGCAGCCGAAAAUUCCCAAGGAAUAUGAUGGCCCAAAACAAAUGGCUCCGUUGCCAAACGAGAGAAGGACCAGAGAAGAUCUUGCCUUCAAAUGGCGUGGCACAAAUUUAACUACCGAAACAAAUGGAAAACCAAUUCAGAUGCAAAACACACCGUUACAAACAAACCAGGUCCCGAAUGUAACUGUAUCAGCUGACUUGAAAGUUUCAUCGACUAUGCCUGCGCAUAUCUCGAAUACUGAGGUGUCCAGAGAGAGCUCCAAGAUGAGGUCUGGGAAGGUGGAAGAGCAAGCCGUCACAGAAGAAAGUGCUGAAAAGAUUCGGGAGAUGUUGCACUUACACUACUUGCGAACGAGGAGUCCGGAAACUGCAGCCAGUCGUCUCUAUGGAAAAAGUACAAAAGCAAGACACAUUUGCUUCGAUUAUCUAGGGGCUCCAUUGAAAAUUGACCCCGAAGAGUUCAUUGAGAGUUUUGAGCAUGUAAAGCUGGAUACGGUAUUACAAUAUGUUGCUUUUCCAAAUGUUCGAGUACAUCCGGCACCAGACUAUCCGUAUGCUUUGGAUAAAUCUACUGGGGAUGGCAAUGGACGCUGUGAUAUGAUGUUUUUUUUUCAAUGGUUGAAAGAUAAAGGAGUAAAACGUAUCCUAAAGGUCAUUGUCGACGACUCUAACACACCCGCCCAUAGCGACGAAGCGAUCGAAAAGGCUCUUCAAGGAUAUGAUGUCGAAAUUUUGGAUUGGCGCAAGGUUGACCUUUGCCCAGAGACAAUAUGGACAUCGAGUAAGAAAUUAAGGGAGGUUCAUCUCCAAUGGAGUGGAAACAACGCUGUGCUUAGAGGCUGGAGCGAGCCAGAAGGACUGAGAAGGUUGGAGGAUUUGACAAAGGUUCAUCUUCAUGUCAAACAGGAUCUGGAAAGCCACAGUCGCAUGCAAAAGAAGAUUGAUAGCUUCUGCGAUCGACUUAAUAGUAGCACAUCGAGUGCUGAACAGCAGAGAACUUUUUCAUUACCUGUUGAACAGCCAGUGCCACACUCUAUUCAGCCUAGGAUCAUCCAGGUAAAGCGUAGUGAUGAAGAUGGCCAAAAUAGACGACUACUCACCAUGAGUUUCGCAGCCUCCGAGAUGAAGCAAGAACACGUCCUACAACCUCAUAGAUGGCUCAAUUGUAUGGAUGAAUUCAAAGAUGUGUUCCAAAACGUCUGGUCCUGGACGGUGAAACAAAAACUUCAGCAACAGGAAGCUCUCAAGCAGCCCGUAGAAAUCGCACUAAUAGAUGACGGUGUAGACGUUCUUCAGUCUCGACUUCGCGGCAAAAUAUCUGACGGCAAAAGCUUCGAUUAUGGAGACAAGGAUGCUAACCGCAUACGGUCGCAUUGGAUCUCGGAAAGAGGUCAUGGCACUGUGAUGGCUAAGAACAUCGUCCGCAUAUGCCCAAUGGCCAAGAUCUAUGUGAUCAAGCUUGAAACACAUUUCGACCACAAAGAGCAGAAGGCCAGAAUCGGGGCAAGAAGUGCUGCAGAGGCAAUCGAUGCGGCAGUAGAUCGUAAAGUGCAAAUAAUUUCAAUGUCAUGGACAAUCAAGCAACCCGAUAGCAAUAGCGAGGAGAAAGAAAAAUUUGACUCGGCAGUGCGCCGUGCUGUCAAAGCAGGGAUUCUUCUGUUCUGUUCUGCAGCCGACAAAGGAUUGCAUCAAGACAACGAUUAUCCCGCCGCCUCUAAUCCCACCAAAAUGUUUAAGAUAGGCGCUGCAAAACCCAACGGCAAUGUUUGGGACUGGGUGCCGAACAUAAGACACUUGGACUUUAUUAUCCCCGGCUACGAAGUCGCAGAAAAUGCUUCGCUCGAUGAUGACUCCAGCCAGAACUUUCAGCCACAGACCGGGUCCUCCGUUGCAACUGCUCUAGGUGCUGGCCUUGCUGCUCUUGUAAUUUGCUGCGUGCAACUAGCUUCAAUACAUACGCAAAUGUCUCGGCAAAAGGGUCAUCCAGAUGCACCAAGCUCUUUGACCCUUGAUGAUCUUCGACAUGUCAAAAACCAUGAGAAUAUGAAAGCUGCCCUUAGAAUCAUUGGCACUAGCCCAGAUAGCGACAAUAAGUUUAUUGAGGUAUGGAGACUGUUUGACAAGGCAGCUAAAGAUAUGGCUGGAAAGGACAAAGAGCAACAGUUAGGGGUGAUAGUGGCAUUGGCUUAUAAGUUCAGGACUUAUUGAUAAUUUCAUUGGGCGCUGUAAACGGAACCCACAUGUUUCUCCAUUACAUCGUAUUCUCCCUCUAAGUGGUCAGAAAUUUCCUUAAUGUUACCUAUGUAAGAGUUCCGCACUUAGGAGUUCAAUAUGUUCAUAUUUAGUUGGUUUUCUAGUGAC